AUGGCAGCCGGCGACAAGCCGCACGCGGUGUGCGUCCCGUUCCCGGCGCAGGGCCACGUGACGCCGAUGAUGAAGCUGGCCAAGGUCCUCUACUGCAAGGGCUUCCACGUCACCUUCGUCAACACCGAGUACAACCACCGCCGCCUCAUCCGGUCCUGGGGCCCCCAGGCCGUCGCGGACCUGCCGUGCUUCCGCUUCGCCACCAUCCCCGACGGCCUGCCGCACUCGGACGCCGACGCCACGCAGGACCCGGCCGCGAUCUGUGACUCCACCAUGAAGACCUGCCUCCCGCACCUCAAGAGCCUGCUCGACCGCCUCAACGACGACGGCGAUGGCGGGGUGCCGCCGGUGACGUGCGUCGUGGCGGACAACAUCAUGAGCUUCGGCGUGGACGCUGCCAAGGAGAUCGGCGUGCCGUGCCUGCUCUUCUGGACGGCCAGCGCCUGCGGCUAUGGGCUACCGCCACUUCCAGUUCCUCAUGGACGAAGGCCUCGCGCCUCUCAAAGCAUGCAUGCUGCAGACGAAGCGCAGCUGACGAACGGGUACCUGGACACGCCGGUGGGGUGGGCGCGCGGGAUGAGCAAGCACAUGCGGCUCAGGGACUUCCCGAGCUUCAUCUACACGAUGCAGCGCGGCGACAUCCUGCUCGACUUCGUGAUGCACGAGGUGUCGCGCACGAACGCCGCCACCGCCGUCAUCCUCAACACCUUCGACGAGCUCGAGCCGACGGCGCUCGACGCCAUGCGCGCCAUCCUGCCGCCCGUCUACACCAUCGGCCCGCUCAGUCUCCUCCUCGAGCGGCUGGCCGCCGCCGUCCCUGACCCUGGCGUCGUCGUCGACGCAGCAGCGCUCGGCACGGUCCGCGCCAGCCUCUGGAAGGAAGACCACACGUGCCUGCGGUGGCUGGACGGCAGGGCGGCCCGGUCGGUGGUGUACGUGAACUACGGGUGCGUCACCACCAUGUCGAACCAGGACCUGGUGGAGUUCGCGUGGGGGCUGGCGAGCAGCGGCUACGACUUCCUGUGGAUCAUCCGGCCCGACCUGGUGAAGGGCGAGACCGCCGUGCUGCCACCCGAGUUCGUGGAGUCCACCAAGGGCAGGUGCCUCCUGGCGAGCUGGUGCGAGCAGGAGGCGGUGCUGCGGCACCCGGCGGUGGGGGUGUUCCUGACGCACAGCGGGUGGAACUCCAUGACGGAGAGCCUCAGCGCGGGCGUGCCCAUGAUGUGCUGGCCCUUCUUCGCGGAGCAGCAGACCAACCGUCGGUACGCGUGCACCGAGUGGGGUGUGGGGGUGGAGGUCGACGGCGACGUGCGGCGGGAGGCUCUGGAGGCAACGAUACGAGAGGCAAUGGCCGGCGACAAGGGGAGGGAGAUGAAGCGGAGGGCGGACGAGUGGAAGGAGGCCGCCGUUCGGGCGACGCUGCCUGGCGGCAGGGCGUUGAUCAACCUGGACGACCUAAUCAAGAAUCACGUCCUGCUACCCAAGUGCUGA